CCGAGCAAGCAACACGCAGCCGACGCGAGCGCGAGCGGACCGAGCUGAGCUGAGUCGAGCUGUGGCGACGCGACGGGAAGGCGAGGCAGCGUUCGUGCGGCGCUGCGCCGAGUCAGUGCAAUUUCCAGUGUGCCGUCGUUGUCGAUGUCUGCAGGGGAGCAUUCUCUGCUCGCGUCCUUCCCCGUGCAGUCCCUGCAGUCCCCUUGGGGCCCUUCGCGUCCAGAGAGUCCAGGGCGCUGCAGUUGGCCCGAGAGGAGCAGCCCUGAAGCCCCAGUGCCACGGAACAGUGCCUGAAAAUGAUGUUGGAGUCUCGGCCGGAGCAGGUUUUUGUGGCAACCGGCUGCCGCUGCCUACCCUGCCAGGCCCCGGCCCAGGCCCCGGCCCCUGUAAGGCCAGCGGGGCCGCUGCUGAAGCUGCUGGCAUAGCACUGUGCUGACAUGUCAGCUUCGUGUCGCUGGACUUUCGUCGCGUUUUGCCCUCCGACCGGCCUUGCUAGCCUCGCCGGCUGUGCCGCGUGUGAUGUGUGUGAGCCAGUGUGUGUGAGUGUGUGUCUCAAGUGAAACCAUGUCCAUUGCACUAAUGCGAUCAGAAUGCAGGAAGUUCGCACCCAACAUCUUCAACAAGAGCAAGUGCACCAACUGCUUCAGGCAGAAGGAGGAACAUAGCGCCGAAGCUCUGGAAAGCAACAGGGCGACGCGGAAGGUGGCCAAGUGUGGAUACUUGUUCGUGGCGCCCGGCUGGGACUUCAGCAACCCGCUGAACCGCACGAAGAGAUGGCAGCGCCGCUGGUUCGUCCUGUACGACGACGGGGAGCUCAGCUACUCGGUGGACGAGCACCCCGAGACGGUGCCCCAGGCCUCCAUCGACAUGAACAAGGUGCUGGAGGUGUCGGACGCCGAGGCGGUGACGGGCAACGCCUUCUCGCUGGCCGUCACCGCCCCCGACUCCGUCACCUUCGUCAAGGGGACGUGCCGCGAGGAGUGCCGAUGGUGGGGCGACGUGCUGGCCGUCUUCCCGAGGAGUAAGGGUCGCCACAAGCGCACCGCCACACUGCCGGGAUCCCUGGGCGGCGUGUCUUCAUCGCCGCCGACGCCCGCCGGCCAGCAGGGCAAGUCCGCCUUGUCCACCUCCACGCCGCAGCCCGCGCCCCUCCGAGUGUCCACCUCCGUGACGGACGUGCGUCCGCGCUUCGGCGGCUGCUGGGACGCCGACGGCGUGCGCCCGCUGUCGGUGCAGGACGGCGGCGACGCGGACGGCGUCCGGGACGGCGUCCGGGACCACCACGACGACGACGAGGACGACGACGACGACGUCUUCCCCACCAGGGACGUCGUGGACUCGCCCAUGCCGUCGCUGUCCUCGCUCUCCGGCAUGACGGCCAUGGCGGCGGACGCGAGGAAAGUGACGCUGUCCACCAGCCUGCCGGUGGCGGCGCUGCCCGGCCAGGUGCCCCGAGAGGUGCCCGCCUACCGCGACCAGCCGGCGUCCUCCGGGUCGCCGCCGACGAGGGACAAGGUGGCCAGCGAGGACAAGAACCGGACGCGGCGCGUGCAGUACAAGCGCGAGCGCGGCCUCAAGUCGGGCCGCAGCUUCUCGGAGGACUUCGCCAGCAUGCUGCCCUCGUGGAGGGACUCCAAGCUGUCGUCCGACGGCCGAGACGAGAAGGAGGAGGCCGCCAGGAGGGUGCUGUUCCGGGAGAUCGCCAACGAGUGCAAGCGAGACGAGAAGCUCAAGGACAUCGCGGCGUCCAUCACGAGGACGAGGAGCUCCAGGACCAUGAUGGCCAGGACGUCGCUGUCGCCCUCGCUGCAGCAGCACCAACACCAGCACCAGCCCACCCGCGACGGCGACAGUGGCAAGCAGGUGCGCGGGGACCCAGACGGCUGCGGCCUGGACGUGUCCACGCAGCGCUACUCGCCCAGCUCGGAGCUGCGCGUCGACCUGCCCGCCGAGGACCUGCUCAACAUCAAGAAGGGCUGGCUCAUGAAGCAGGGCGCCAGCAAGGAAUGGAAUAAACACUGGUUCGUCUUGCGGGGGGCGGCGCUCAUGUACUACCGCGACCCCACGUCGGAGGACAAGGGCCUCCUGGACGGAGUCAUCGACCUGAGCGGCAUCAGCAGCAUCGCCGAGGUGCAGGUCGCCCGCAACUACGGCUUCCAGAUGAUGACUUGGGACGAGCGGCGGUACGUGCUGUCGGCGGUCACCUCGGGCAUCCGCGCCAACUGGAUGGCGGCGGUGCGGCGCGCGGCGGGGCUGGGGCUGCCGGCCAGCCUGCCCACCAGCCUGCCCUCCAGCCUGCCCUCCAGCCUGCCGUCCAGCCUGCCCGCCACCCUGCCCGGCAUGCCGUCCCAGGACAUCACUCUCACCCUCGGGGAGAAACUGGAGCGCGAGCUGGACAGUGGCCACCAUCGCAGUGUGGUGUGCGCGGAGCGGGAGCGCGGCCGCAGCAGUCCGCUGAGUCUGGGCCACGCCGGCCACGCCGGCCACGCGCGCGCCCGCGGCCUGCUCUUCUCCUCGGACGACGAGUACCGCACGGCGUCGUCGGAGAGCUGCGGCGGCUGCGGCACCCCGCCGGGCAGCACCCAGUCCGGGCGGGCCGUGGACCAGCACCGGGACAGCGGCAACGGCGACUGGGGCGAGACGGUGGCGCUGUCCUUGCCGCCGUCGCCGCCGCUCAACCGGACGCCCAUCUCCAGGGUCAAGGAACGCGCCAGGUCGCGCGUCUGCAAGCGCUCCAGGUCGUCGCCGCCGUCGUCCAGGAGGUCGACGCUGGAGUCGGUGCGGACGGAGGACGUGGUGCUGGCGUGCUGCGGGGAGAUGCCCGAGUCCGACGGCGACGACCGGCUGUCGGUGGACACGCCGCCCGAGCCCACGCCGUCAUCGCCGGCCUCUCGCCUGGCCGUGUCGUCGUUGGUGUCGCUGCAGGAGACGGCGGAGCGCCAGAAGCGCGAGCUGGAGGACAUGAAGGGCCAGCUGAAGCUCGAGGCGCUGCGGCUGCGGCAGCGCGAGGCGGAGAGCGGCGCCCUGGAGCGGCAGGUCAAGGAGCUGCUGUCGACGCUGGAGCGCACCGAGGAGCAGCUCAAGCAGCGCACCAGGGAGGCGGCCAAGGCGGCGGACCAGGCGGGCGAGCUGGACGCGCUCAAGGACCGGUACGCCGCGCUGCUGCGCGAGCACGAGGCCCUGCUCGAGGAGUGGCGCAGUCAGGACCGCAGCCAGGACUGGCGCGGCCUGUACCAGCAGGUCCAGGACAGGUACCACCACGACAAGGACGUCUGGGAGCAGAGGCUGUCGCACUCGGAGAGCGACCUGCGCGCCACGGCCGAGCGCUGCGACACCCUGGUGGGCGACCUGGAGGCCACCAAGGCCACCGUGGACGAGCUGCGGCAGCGGCUGUCCACCGGCCUGGAGGAGAACGAGAGCCUGUACGCGCGCCUGCACGACCUGGAGGGCAGGAACACGGCGCUGGCGCUGUCCGUGACGGCGUCCGUGUCGGCGUCGCGCGAGCGCGGGCUGCGGGGCAGCACGUCGUGCAACUCGUGCCGCAGCAUGGACUCGCUGUCCGACCUCACCAACAUCGACCUGGACCUCCGCUUUGACGAGCUGGACAAGGAGAGGGUGGUGGAGGAGUUCGAGGAGCUGCGCGGCCGCUUCGAGAAGGCGGUGGCCGAGAUCCGCGCCAUGAAGCGCGAGCUGCGCGAGUCGCACGCCCUGUACGACGAGCUGGAGCUGGUGACGGUGGCGCUGCGGCAGGAAGUGCGCCGCCGCGAGGAGGCCGAGCGCGCGCAGACCAACCUGAUGGCCGCGCGCGUCGAGGACCUCACGCUCAAGCUCACGGCCGCCGAGAAGCAGGUCCGCCUGCUCAAGCAGAAGCUCACCAAGGCCGAGUCGCUCAAGGUCCGCGAGAAGCGGCGCUCGCUGUCGCUCAAGGGCCGCGAGUCCUUCCAGAUCUGCCGCGAGCUGGAGGACAAGCUGGCCGAGCUGGAGUGCAAGCUGGCGGCGCUGGAGGGGGACGGCGGCGCACCCACCGCGGCGCCUCGCGCCACCACCACGCCCGCCACGCCGUCGUCGCCGUCCUCGCCGUCGCCCACGCCGUCGCUGACCGGGUCCACCAAGAGCAGCCGCGGCGAGCGGCGGCGCGACCGCCAGGACAAGGACGAGAAGGACCGCGCGGCGCGGCUGCGGCGGAAGUCGCUGGACAGCGCCACCAGCUCCGAGCCCAUGAAGGUCCUCAUCCGACUGAGCGCGCUCGAGUCCAAGGUGGCCAACGCCGUGCGGCAGGCCGAGGCGGAGCGCGACGCGGGCAGGGGCGCCGUGCGCGUCAGCGUGGAGCGCGUUCAAGAGGAGGCCGCCGUGGACGCGCCGUCAGCGCGCCUGCUCACCCUGGAGGACGUGCUCGCUCGCUCGCGGGUCAAGAUGCGCGAGUGCCUACGCCUGCUCGGCCGCGCCCCGCGGAGGCAACAAGGACAAGAGCAACAAGGACAACACGACGCCGCCGCCUCGCCGGCCCUGGAGCGCAGCCUGGCCGAACUGGACGCCGUGCUGCAGGAGGCGCCCGCGGACGCGGAGGGCGACGUGGUGGGCGCCGAGGUGCGCGCCGCCGUGCAGCGCAUGGAGCGCCUGCUGCAGGCCAAGCUGCGCGACGUGGCGAGGCGACGCCAGGCCCUGCGGCAGGCAGGCCGGCUGGACAAGCGUGCCCGCCUGGAGCUGCUCGCCGAGAAGCUGGCCUACGAGGCGGUGCUGGUGGGCAGGCUGCAGCAGGCGUGCGCCGCGGACGACCGCCGCCAGGGCGCGCAACUGUGUGACCUGGACCGCUACAUGACGGCGCUGGCCGCCAAGCUGGACGGCCUGGACGGCCACCACGAGGAAGCCGCCUCUGGCGUGCAGACGUCGCUGGACCACAUGGCCAGGGUGCUGGCGCGGUUCCUCCAGCUGCAGGCGGGCUUGGCGGCGUCGCAGUGUCGCCGCGGACGCGCCAAGGCCUCGACGCUGCCCUCGGCGCUGCCGGCCGGCGCGCUCAACGACAUGCUCGGCAGGAAGCAGGAGCUGGACGCGGCGGUGGCGCGUUUCCGGAGUGAAAAGCUCGGGCCGCUCGCCGCGCUGCUGGCCGAGGAGACGCUCCGCGUGGACAGCGACGCCGAGGACGCCGAGGACGGCGACGACGGACGGCCGAGGGAAGCCUUCCGGACGGCGCAGCGCAUGGCGCAGGAGGCCGUCAACCACGAGCUGGUGCAGGCCGAGAUCGCCCACGUGGCCUCCCGCUGCGCCGAGGCCUACGGCGCCGUGCUGGCCGCGGAGAAGGAGGCGGACCUGGGUGCCGGGCUGGCCGUGGUCACCGCGGCCUCGGCCGAGCGCGUGGGUCUGGAGCUGUGGGCCGACGCGGCGGAGCAGGCUGUGCGCGAGGCCAUGGACGCGGCCACGGCGGAGCUCGCCGGCCUCUACGAACAGCGGCUGGCCGAGAUGCGGCGCGACGGCACAGGCGGCAGGGCCUCGACGGAGGCCUCGGAACAGCAGGUGCGCAGGCUGCUGACGGAGUUCGCGGACGUGACGGCGCACAAGGCCCUGGUGGACGCGCGCAUUGCGGUGCUCCGCGGCGAGGUGGCCGACGACAGCGGCCCGGCCCAGGACGACGACGAGGAGGCCGUGGACAAGGCGCUGGGCGCCGAGGCCGAGGUGCAUGCCCUGCAGUCGCUGCUGGACAGCGACGCGUCGUCCGGCGCCGAGUUCGAGUACCUGUUCCACAAGUUCUGCAGCGAGUGCCGCGCCGCGCUGGGGCCGGGCCAGGGGGUGGGCCCCGUCCUCGGCGAGGGCAUCAGGGAAGUGCCUGAGGAAGAGGGCUGCAGCGGCGAGGUGAUGUGGGCGCUGUCGGACAUCAAGGAGGAGCUCAACAGACUGCAGGACUGCAUCCAGCUGGGCGACGACGGGCCCAAGAGCGGCGAGGCCAAGUCGGACCGCAGCAUGGAGGGCUGCUGGAGUUGGAGUGACAUCUGCGCCCAGUGCACGCAGCUCCGGCACCAGGUGGUGUCGCUGCAGAGCUGCGUGCUGCAGGGCCAGUCCUGCCAACGCUGCCAGCAGCUGCAGCAACAACUACACAGGCUCGAGUCUCUGCACGGUGAAGAACUACAGCAACUGCGACAGAGUCAGGAGAAGGAAAUGGCAACACUAACUGGGGAGCUCGAAAUGCAAAGACGGUCACUGGUUUGUCAACAUGAAAUGGAACAGGCUCAGUUGAAGGAACGUGCCAGAAAGCUGGAGAGGAGAUUGGACACUUUAGAUUCUGAAUAUUCUCUUCAAAUGGACAACUUACAUACAGCUUAUCAGAAGACUUUGGCAGCUGGUUUGGAGAGAGAUUUGGACUCAGGUGAUAAUAUCCGGCAGCGUUAUCAAGCAGAAAUUGAACAUCUUCGAGCAUUGUGUGAGAAGGGGUUAGUAGCCAUGGAUAAUUCUCAUCGUCGUAUAAUUGCUGAACUCCAAGAGAAACAUCGACAGGAAGCAGAACAGCUUCGCCUGGAGAAAGACCAAGCCCUGGCUGAAGAGACACAAGCAACAUUAGCAGCUUUGGAUGCCAUGCGCAAAGCCCAUGAAAUGGAGGUGCAAAAAGAAAUAGCAAAAUUCAAAGCAGAGUUUAUAAAGAAAAUGCAAGCCACUCAUGAUAUUGGAGCUCUGCACAAAGAACAUGAAGCUGAAAUGGAAGAAAUCAAGCAAGAAAUUUUAUCUUUGUCUGAAAAGUAUUCCAUAAAGUGUCUUGAGUCUGCAGCAUUAGAAGAACAGUUAGGUCUUGUCAGCAAACAACUUGCUCAAGCUCAACAGCACAUUUUGGAUUUAGAUGCAAGAAACAAACAGCUUCGAGCUCAUCUUGUAUCAGAAGCUAGUGAAGAUGGAAGGUCUAGUCCCCCGAUUCAGCUCCUGAGAGAACACAAUCUCGGCACUAGCUGCAACACAAUCAGUGGCAAUGGUGUUGGUAGUGCAAGUGGCAGCGGCAGUGGAAGCAGUACAGUUAGUGUGUCCAGUGUAAACCACAGUAGUGGCGGCAGCGUUGACAGCACGCAUGGUAGCAUUGGUAGCGUGGACUGCUGGUCCCACCAUACACCACCUCAGAGCUCUGCAUUGCCUGACCCUUGGGGCCUGGGCCUGCAUACUAAAGGCUCCAACCAGGCUGUCAGUGGAAGCAGUGCAAGCAAUGGACUACGAGCAGAAUUUCUGGGCCUCCGAGCAAAGGGCAAACAGCGCACGGAACCGACAGUUCUCACUUCUGCAGAACUGAUGCGGUAUUCAAGACGCCACUGCUCUUCUCUUCCUCCUCUUGGAUCUUCUUUGCGAUCAUCAUCUCCAUCUUUAUCGUCACUGUCCUCGCACUCAUCCUCGCCCUGUCCACUCAGUGGGAUGGUGGCUGAACGGAAGAAGAUGUUUGAACAGUGACGCCCGGCCCGAUGUGACACCUAGCUGUGGCGCUGUGGCCUGUUGCAGUAGACUUUUCAUGAAACCGACAUCUUGAUCAUUAUUUGUGAUUUUUGUUGAUGACACCUUAGUUGUGCAACAACACAAGUGCGUCUUUUGUACUGGUUUGACAGCAGAUGUUUGCUUUAUUGUUUCAAGUUAAAAAUUGACAACUGACUUUCUACCAUCAGGAUUUGAGGGGCUUACAAUGUAGUGAACCGGGAUGCCAUCGUUAUGUGUUCAUUUGGUGUUUUACAGUUGCUACUGGACUAUUCAAAAACAAAACAUAUUUUUAUUAAUACUGCAAUGAAAUAAGACUACAUCUGGUCUCAUUUUGAAAUAUCCAAAUUACCUAAUGCUUCUGUAGCAGGAAUCUCUCUUUUUUUUUUACCUUUCCUUCUUGAGCUGAGUUACAGUAGCACAUUAUGUGAAACUAUUCUUGUGUCUAUGUAGCAAGGAGUUUUACUUGUUAAAGCUCACUAACCCGCUAAAUUUAUGCUUUGAACUGUUCUCCACUCUAGCUUAUCAUCUUGCUUUAGCGGAUGAUUGUUUCCUUGUCUGGGAAACAUGCCUCAUUGUUUGGUAUAUUUCUAUUUUCUCUUCUCAUGACGGAAGAGUUCUAAUUUCCAAACAAUGCAUUGCUUUGUGAAGAGAGUAAAUCUCUCGGCUCAGAUCAACCAAAGUUGUGUAGAGCGGCCAUUUUUAGUUUAGUGUAGUGUAGAUGAUUUGUUUGUGUGUGUGUGUGAGAGAGAGAGAGAGUCUUGCUUACCAUCUUGUAGGAUUACCCUUGAUAUUUUAACAUAGCUGAUGAACAAAAUGUGUUGCGCAUGAGUUAGACAAAGCUUUUUAAAUCACAGUCCUUUCUUCUGGUCUGAAUUCAAUUUUACUCCUUAUGCUGUGGCUGUGCUGUGCGACCCAAACAUUUAUGUUAAGAUGCAAUCAUGUGAGCUUACGUAAACCAUUUAUUUAAUUUUUGGUUUAAUGACCAGCGGAUGCAAACUAUUAAUGCUUCAGAGUUGUUUAUGUGUAAUGCUUAACGCCAAAAAAUUGGGUUUGUUUUAUUGUACGCAUUUUAUACUCAACCAUAAAUGUAAUUUGCCCUAUUUGGAAUCUGCAAAAGCUUUGCUGUGCAUUAACAAUUUAGCAGGAUGUGGCGUACUAGAUUCAGGGAAUACAUUACGUUUGAGGGAAUGUGAAAUUAUUCUUUUUUCCGUCCCUAUCUGAUAGUCUUGCUUUGCUGUCACAUCACCUUUUUUGUGUGCUCAAGUAGUAUAUUUGACAAAUAUAUUAACCAUUUGUGACACAUAUGGUUACACAUGAAUGUUUUUGAGCAUUGACUCAGGUAGUCCAAUAGUUUAAUAUUAUAACAAUUGUUCAAUUAAACAUUAACCAUUGACCCUCUGGGUGAGUGUGGUGUGGUGCAGAAAUUUCAACUUAGAGGAAUUUUGAUUAUUUGCAAUAGUAGAGAUGGAGUUUUCUUUUUGGAUACCUUUGGAUGUCUUUGAGUCUUCUGAUUUUGACAUUAACAUACAUUUUAAGUUUACUUCAGGGUAAUUUAUGGAACCAAACACAAUGAGUCCUUACAUAAGUUUUAUGUUAGAAAAUUCUAAUGCUCAGUAAUACUUUAUGAAUUCUAUUAAUAAGAUAUUGUACAGAUUUUAUUGUAAAUAUGUGUAUGUUGUUGUUUUUUACCUUCUCUUUCAUCCUUGUGAACAUCUAAUACAUAACUGGUCAUGUCAUGAUGAUCCAAAGUGAUAAUUUCAUAUCUUUAUUGAAUAUUUGUAUUGUUGUCUUUGAUGUUAGUGUUUGGCAUCCUGUUAUACAUACAGAUGCAGUGAACAAAAUUCUCAAGAUUUUUUUAUGCAGGUUUAAGUGUUGAUUUGUGAUUUAAAUUAUGUUGUGUAGUGCCUUGUUGGCUUUGAAAAAAGAGACGGAUAUUACAAUAUUGUUUACAUCAUGAAA